AACAGAUCCCUGCUGAAGCACGAACCUUUCUCUGAACUUCCAGUGUGUUUUGGAAAGCAGGUGUCUGGCAUCAUGACUGUAACCGAGAAUGGCAGUUCUGAAGACAACAAAUUCCUGGAUUCUGAGUUCAGGUACACCCUCUUCCCCGUCUUCUACAGCCUGGUCUUCAUCCUGGGGCUGACGGGCAAUUGCUGCGCCUUGUUUGUGCUGCGCAAGAUGCGCGAGGCCAAGGCCAUCAACGAGAUCCGGAUCUACAUGACCAACCUGACGGUGGCCGAUCUGCUCUUCGUGACCGCCCUGCCGCUCUGGAUCAGUUACUACAAAGAGCACGGGCACUGGGCCUUCUCAGACGCCCUCUGCCGCAUCACGGGCUCCAUGUUCUUCAUCAACACCUACUGCUCCAUCCUCUUCCUCACGGUCAUCAGCUUCAAUCGCUACUGGGCGGUCACCCAGCCGCUGGACGCGGCGUCGUGCGACCACAGGCGACGGGGCAUCGUGGUGUCUGUGGUGAUCUGGGCCACCACGCUUUCAGCCAGCAUCCCCUACCUGGUCUUCCCUGGCAUCAAUGAGCACAAUGAAACUGGCGUCAACAUCAUACGCUGCUUCGAGGGCUACCAAAACGAGACGAAGGAGCAGAAGUGGUGGGUCGCUAAAACCCACUUCGUCAUCAUUGGAUUCUUCGCCCUGGUAUUCCUGCUGGUGGUGAUCUGCAACCUGCUGAUUGGCCGGACGCUGAUGCUGCAGCAGAUGAAUAAGGCCGGGAGGCAGGGCUGGAGGCUGAAGAAGCACGCCCUGUCCAUGGUAUGCGUGGUGGUGGUGGUGUUCGUGGUCUGCUUCGUGCCCCACCACGUGGUGCAGGGCCCCUGGACGAUGGCCGUGCUGGGGCUGACUCACUGGGCGGAGGACACCCAGCAGUGGCUGAAUAACGUCCACCAAAUCACGCUCAUGCUCAUGGGCCUCAACUGCCUGCUGGACCCUGUGGUGUACUGCUUCGCCACCAGAAAGUUCCGCCGGUACAUCUGCGACCACUUCAGGAAGCUUAGCAGGGGCCGCAUGUGCUCCAGGUACACCGCCAGCACGCGUGCCUCCAUGGACUCCCAGCAGCACAACCAGAUCAUCAACCAGGUCCAGCUCAGGUCUAUAGAGGAUGCACCUAAGUGGUAGAGCACAGGCUUGCGUCACGCGCGAGAACCGGCCACCCCUCACUGAAGGAAUGAUGCCAUUCUGCUGAAGCUUGUUCUCACUGUCUCAAAGCUUGAGCAUCACAGUGAAUCCCCUAUGAACAGACACAUGCAUGCUCACAAACGCACGCACGCACGCACUUACACUCCACAGAAGACAGACACAACUUGAUGAAGGGAGAGAUACAGGGAUACAGGGUGGACGUGAGCCUGUGAGCGUGCCCCGGGCGUCCUCUGCCAGUCACAA